AUGUAUUCUCAUAGAAAUAAUCGACAAAAUUCCCCUCAAAGUGGCGAAGUAGUCCCAGCAACUGUGUCAAGCCCUGAACAAGAUCUAAAUGAAACCGUCGAAUGUGAAACUAGUGUCGCUGAAAACAAGAGUGCUGAACCACCAUUGUCUGUGCAAGUUAGGUUAGAGGAACACAAAGAGAUCUCCAAUCCUGGUGCCCUAUGCCCUCCAAUUAUCCCACCAGAGAUCGAAUACGAAGAUGAGGUCGAGAUCACUAUGAUUGAUCAAAGUUUAGAUAUAGAAAAUGCCAAUGACUUAGAUUUUGUUCCUGACACUGAAAGUGAGUCGGACAGUGAAUAUGAUCAAGACCCACCAGAUGAGCAACCACUUUCCACUGAUUUUGAGGACAUUGAAUCUUUCAGUGUACCAGAAAAUGCUGCAGAUGAAAGAAAAUUCCUUGUGUUUGAAUCCUGUGUUGUAAAUUUGUUUAGGAAAUGCCAGAAAACAGGAUGUGCGGCAGAGGUUUUAGAGUUUAAAAGGACGGUGGUAGGGUCUAGACUGAUAGUGAGCACAUAA